ACAGAAGAAAAAUUGCCAACCCUCCCUUUUUUAAUACAACUUGUUUGUAAUCAUGGUACGUCUUCAGAGGCUCAUUAGUGUUUUUUUCACGGCAGAAGUUUUCUCAAGUCUUUGAACAGUUGUCCAUAUUGACUCUGAGUCAACGAACUUUUGUCAAGUCUUUCUCCAAAAUUAUUGGUUGCCCAAUAAUUCCACGGCCACUGUAUCUAUUUCAGAUGACAAACAUUUGUUCAAGCUUAUUACAAAUCCUGAGUCUCCAUCUCUCUCCCAAAAUGCUUGCCACCAUGAUCAGUGCAUCAACACUCCGAUCGCAAAAGCUUCACUUCCUACUUGUUUUCUUCUUUCUCUUAACCCCUUCUGUAACUCCAUUAAACUUCAACUUCCCCAGCUUCAGUAACGAUGACUCCGCUAAUAUAUCUAUAGAGGGCGAUGCUUAUUUGGGACGCCCCUUCCUCCGCCUCACACGAGACGCCACAGACGUGGCAAAGAGCAACAGCGUGGGCAGAGCCACCUACCGCCAACCCUUCCUCCUUCAGGAAACCGCCACCGGCAAGCUCGCCGAUUUCACCACGAGUUUCGACUUCGCCAUUGACUCCAACAACGAUUCCAACCGCGGUGACGGUCUCGCCUUCUUCAUAGCUCCAAAUGGCUCCGUCCUCAACGACACACUAGGCCAAGGUAGCAGUCUCGGCCUGCCCUUCAACUCCACACCUUCAAAUGACUCCGUCCGGAGGAAUCAGUACGCUUUUGUGGCUGUGGAGUUUGACAUCUACCCGAAUUAUAAGCUGACAACCAUCGACGACCCCCAGUACGAACACGUGGGAAUUGAUGUCAACUCUCUCAAAUCUUCCAUUUGUUACUAUUGGGAUGGAGGUAUUAAGAGAGGACUUCCAAAUAGUGCUACCAUUACUUAUAAUUCCUCCUCGAAAAAUCUUAGUGUUGCCUACACUACUUUAGUAAGCAGUGAUCGCAACUAUUCCCAAUUAGUCAAAGAGAUGAGAUAUUUUAAUUACAUUGUUGAUCUGAAGCAGUACUUGCCCGAUUGGGUCGUUGUUGGGUUUUCCGCUUCAACCGGUGCAUCUAUUGCCAUACAUAAGAUCAUCUCGUGGAAUUUCACUUCCACUUCACUUGAUGAUCACGACGAGCCCGGUACUGCACCACCACCGCUGCAGGUUGCAGUUCCUGUAUCAAGCCCCAUGGCUAGUCCUACCUAUCCUUCCAAGACAGUAAAUAAGCGCAUUGGACUAGUAAUUGGGUUGGGAAUUGGAGGAUGUGCUGUCGUCGUUACUGGGUUGGGUUUGGUUUGGUUCUUUUUGUGGAAGAGGAGGGAAACAGGAGAAAGUAGUGAUGAAGAUACCAUGGUUCAUGAAUUGGUUGACGAAGAAUUUGAAAAAGGGGCUUGUCCCAGGAAGUUUUCAUAUAGGGAAUUGGCUCGGGUGACAAAUAAUUUUGGGCAGGAAGAAAAGCUUGGAGAGGGAGGAUUUGGUGGGGUUUAUAAAGGCAUAAUACCAGACUUGAAGUCACCUGUUGCUGUUAAGAGGAUAUCGAAGGGUUCUAAACAAGGACCGAAGGAGUAUGCCUCGGAAGUGAAGACAAUUAGUCGACUUAGGCAUCGCAAUCUUGUUCAACUGAUUGGAUGGUGCCACGAAAAAAAAUUUCUACUUGUGUACGAGUUCAUGCCCAAGGGCAGCUUAGACUCUCAUUUGUUCAAAGAACAAAGCUUGUUAACUUGGGAGGCAAGAUACAAAAUUGCUCAAGGCUUGGCCUCUGGGUUGUUGUACCUACACCAAGAAUGGGAGCAAUGUGUGCUGCAUAGGGAUAUCAAGUCCAGCAAUGUUAUGUUGGAUGCGAAUUUCAACGCAAAACUUGGGGAUUUUGGGUUAGCAAGGCUUGUGGACCACGGACAAGAGCCACAAACGACAGGAUUGGCUGGAACCAUGGGUUACAUGGCUCCCGAAUAUGUUAUCACGGGAAAGGCUAGCAAGGAAUCUGAUGUCUACAGCUUUGGAAUUGUUGCUUUGGAGAUUUGUUGCGGAAGAAAACCUAUCGACCCAAAGUGUGGAAGUAGUAAAGUCAAUAUGGUAGAGUGGGUUUGGGAGCUUUAUGGAGAAGACAAAGUCAUUGAAGCAGCUGACCCGAAAUUGUGUGGAGAUUUUGAUGAGAAACAAAUGGAGUGCCUGAUGAUUGUUGGCUUGUGGUGUGCUCAUCCGGACAACAAUAUGAGGCCUUCAAUACAACAAGCCAUUCAAGUGCUCAACUUUGAGGUUCCAUUGCCGAAUCUCCCAUCAAAUAUGCCAGUGGCCACGUACUUUGCUCCUUCGAGAUCGCUCUCAAAGUUGUCUGGUGGUGCUUCUAGUUCUCAAGGAGGACAAACUGAAUGUUCGGGCUAUGCCUACAACACCAAUGCCUCGGAGUUCACAGGAUCUUCUUCUGCAAUAAAUUCUCAUCCAUCAGUCUCACUUGGGUCUAAAUGUGAUAAUUCGAUGAGAAAUUACCAUUGACAUGAUCGGAUGGAUGGCAAGGAUGAAGAUGGCGCCCUUCCCCGUCUCUGUGUUUGAGCAUUAAAACUAAACUGUUUAGUUUGGAUUUAUUUCUGUUUCGACUGAAAGACGUUGUAUUCAUUAUUGUGAUUGUAUUUGGGCUUAGGAUUAGUUUGGUAUUGUUGUCAUAUAAAAUAAAAUAAAAUAAAAUACUUCUGUUCUGUUA